AGUGUCGGGGUUGCCAUGGACAACCAAGCCAAGAUUAAGGGCAUCCAACAGCGCCACAUGGUGACCUGGAAGAAAGAGGAAGAGCACAAGUAUGAGGCCGUGUAUGAACAAGCAUGAUGAUGAUGUGACACCAGAAAAGGAAAUCUCAGAAACAAAAGACGUGGAGUGCUGGACCCUGAUAAACUGACCUGUGUGUGUCCUGCACCUGUUUGUGCAGCGGCGGCGACACCAUCUGACACAAGACACAUGAGAGAAGUCCAGCUGUGAAGUGACGGAGCCCAGCGGGAGAGCGAUGGGCUGUGGGGGAAGCAGGACGGACGCUCUGGAGCCUCGCUACCUGGAGAGCUGGACCAAAGAGACGGAGUCAACAUGGCUGACCAGCACCGACACUGACAUCCCCCUGUCGUCCAUCCAGAGCAUCCCCUCUGAGAACUCCGAGGCCGGCUUUGCUUCGGAGAAAACAAUCAGCCCUGUUCCAGAUUUCUUUGAGGACGGCCUCCCCCCUCCGGCUCAGGCGUACCUGAAGGUCUGCUCUGCCGUGUCGGAAGUCAGUCUGAAUGAUGUGAAACCCAGCAGCCCUCCUGCCAUCCUGCCCUCGCCACCCAAAGAGGAGGUGUUGCCUUCGUCUGGCACCACGGUGCAGCGGCGGAGUGUUCUACACACUGAGGAAAUCACAAAAUGGCAGGACAAUCGGAUGUCCACAAAGCAGGUGACCAUCACGGUGACGCAGAGCAUCCAUCAGGUGGACAAGAACGGGAAGGUGAAGAAGUCGCUCACCACCUACGAGGUGAUGAAACCUGUGGAGAGUCUGAAACAGGUGGCCACACAAAACACUUGAGAGGAUGGAGCCAAAGAAAAAUGAUGACUGGGAAAUCAACAAACUGAAAGAGCGUGAAGGCUGACGAAGCACAAG